AUCCACAGCUGCAGCUCACAAAAAAGAGGAAAAAAAAAUCCGAAAGAAACAUGGCGUCUGGUUAUGCGUGGCUUCUGGUGCUCAGCUCGGUUUUCCUCUGUAAUCUCAUGAAAACCCUCCUGCCCAGCAUUUCUUCUUUUCUAUCAAAGCUGGUGCAGAAAGAUGCUGAGCAGGAGAGCGAGAUGAGGGCUGAAAUCCAGGAGAUGAAGAAGGAGCAGUCUUCCAUUAGCAUGAUGGAUGAGUUCGCCAGAUAUGCCAGACUUGAGCGCAAAAUCAACAAGACAACAGAUAAGCUGAAAACACAUGUGAAAUCGAGAACAGCCCAACAAGCCAAAAUGAAAUGGGUGGUGAACAUCGUGUUUUACAUAUUGCAGGCGGCUCUCAUGAUCUCUCUGAUAUGGAAGUACUACUCCGAUCCAGUGACUGUGGUUCCCAGCAGGUGGAUCGCUCCCGUCGAGCGCCUCGUGGCCUUUCCAACAGGAGUGGCAGGUGGAGUGGGAAUCACAUGCUGGCUGGUGGUUUGCAACAAAGUUGUAACGCUUGGUCUUAAUGCCUUCAGCUAGUUCACAAGUCAAAUCAACGAGUCUUUCUCACUUCAGAUCUACGGAUUUGCUCUGUUGUGUUCUGUCAGCUCUUCACAGGUACUUUUGUGUAAUUGUGCUUUUUCACCUUCUUGUUGUGGCAGUAAUUUAUUAUUUGAAGUUUCCCAUGAACUGUGUUGAACCUGUGAAGAAGAUUUUGUUGGAAGAUUGUUUCAGUUUUCUAUUAUUUGAAAGCUUGAUUAUUUGGAAUUGUGGAGAAGUCUUUUGAUAAAACAUACCUGAAGAAAACAUGUGAAUGUGUUCAUUGU